AUGGGGAAUGACGCCCCAUGCAACGUUAUUGGGAUUGCUGAAGGUGAAGUUCUCAAGGUUUCAAAAGGUGCUCUGGUCUUGAUGAAAGGAACAAGACGUGGGACUCUCUAUUACUUGCAGGGUUCAAUUAUGAAGGGGUCUGUAGCAGUUUCUAAUUCAUUAUCCGACGAUGAUGUCACCCGUUUAUGGCAUAUGCGUCUCGGCCAUAUGAGUGAGAAAGAUAUGACCAUUCUGAGCAAAAGAGGUCUUCUUGGUAAAACUGGUAUGGGUAAACUUUACUUUUGUGAUCAUUGCGUUUUUGGGAAACAGAAGAGAGGUAGUUUCUCCAUAGCAAAACACCGUACACAGGGCAUUCUUGAUUAUAUUCAUUCGGAUUUAUGGGGUCCCUCCAAAGUUCCUUCCCUUGGAGGAAAACGUGUUGACUUUCAUUGA